AUGAAGGCCUUCGCCCGCGCUUUUGCGCACAAAUCCGUUCGCAGCUCCACGGGCAUUGGUCUGCAAGCGUCGGGCGCCGCUCCCGCGUCAGGCAACACCGCAUCCGAUAAUUUUGGGGGUGCCUCACAGGCUAGUGCUGAAGUGCUAGAAGGUAUGGAUUCUGCAUUCAAAGAUAUUGUUGCUUCAGAUGACGUCCGAGGCAUGUUGAACGCACAUAUUGAGCGGCUAGAUGACCGGGCUAGUCAAUAUAAGAAUUCUUCCCUGGAUUUUUGCGCAUCCAAGGAGUUGUGGCUAUGUGAUGAGCACGAAGCAUCACUUAUGGCACUCGCGUGGGCUUGCGCUGCGAAUGUUUACGAUCAUGGGACAGAACCACAGCAAGACUUUGAACAUGCUGGGACCAGGUUGAAUGUGGACUGGUCUCUUCCUGCCUCAUCACUGGGUGCUGUCAAGGCCACGACAUUUACAACAUACACUCCAGUGCUUGAAGCUUUAGCUGCUUCUGCGCCAGCCAAUUAUCUAAUCAUUGCAGUCAAGGGGUCGGCUACGAAACUGGAUCACGUCGUCAACCUAAAUGGAGAGCCUAGAGAAGCAUGCGAGCUUUUCUUAGAUGAUUUGAUACGAAUAACCGCACAUGCAGGAUUCCUGAACUCAGCUCUCGAACUGCUGCCUGCUCUCUCAAAACAAAUUGAGCAAAUACUACGCGACAAUCCGUCAACCAAGUUACUAUUCACAGGACAUUCGGCGGGCGGCGCUACUGCCACACUGCUCUAUCUCGCAUUCCGGUCUAGGUUGGUGGUAAGGUGCCCCAAUGCAAAAUUCUCCUGCAUCACAUUCGGCUGUCCUCCAGUCGUAAAAGCCUUAUCCCAGCAAGAUGAAGACGCUCUUAGCCGAAUUACGACCCAUGAUAACGUCAUUAACAUCAUGAACGAAUAUGACUUCAUAACGAGAGCAGAUGGAGCAUAUUUUCGGUCAUUGAUACAGCUCUACCAGCAAGUUGACGAUACUCCUACCACUGCAAUAUGGGCAUUACCUUCUCCUGGACUUCAACAUGUUGGUGCAAUUGUCGUAUUGCGAACCGAAAUUCCACGAUUCGAUGAUGGAUCUGACUGGCAACGAAACAUUGAUUUGAGUCUCAGUGCGUGGAAGUUGAGGCCGGAGGAUUUGGCCAAAUUGAUGUUUUGUAGGCUCUCUGUGCAUGGGAGGGUAGCGUAUCAGGAGAGGAUUGUGCAGAUUGAGAAAGGAGCGUUCAACGGACAGAAUGGUUGGGUUUAA